AUGGCCGAAUACUCUCCCUCCAUUGCCCUGCUUCCGGAAAAUGUGCGUCUGAGGAUUGCAUCGUCUCAGCAGAUCACGUCUCAUGAAGAUGUGAUCAAAGGCCUGGUCGAAAACGCGCUAGAUGCGAGUGCACGCUCCAUUGCUGUUGAGGUGGACUUUGCAAAGGGUUACUUCUCGGUGCGCGACGACGGAAUCGGCAUUGGAGGAGCCGAGUUUACUGAAGCCGGUCGGUUGGCGAGGCCACAUUGUACAUCGAAGCUCAACCCUCCUCACCCUACCUUCGGUCGAUAUGGUCGCUUUUUGUCGAGCCUGUCUUAUCUCUCGCUCCUCUCUAUCACAUCUCGACAGCAGUCCGAGUUGCGUGCGAACAGGCUGAUUCUUCAUCGUGGCGAAGUCAUUUCACGGCAGCUGGAAUUGGGAAGGGAAGAUGCUGAAAUCGUCGAACACGGUACAACCGUCGUUGUCCAUAAUCUUUUUGGCGACGUCCCCGUCCGAUCGCGGCAUACGCUUCAGCGGUAUUCCUCUCCGGUGGAAAUAGGCAAAGGCUUUGACCAAAUUAAAAGAAGACUCGUCGGCUAUGUGCUUGCGCAAUCAGGAUCCUUUGACUUGCGUCUCUGCCUCACGAAUGGUAGACGGCAAUAUACCCAUGUCAAGCCCAGGGAGGCGAAAAAUGGCCAGGUCACGGUCGAUGCCACUGUUUCAACACUCUUCCAGGCCUGGCUUCUGUCCAGUCCUGACUCUACAUCAUGGAGGCCAGCAUCAAUCCGGUCCAGCGAGUUCUUCAUCCAUGCGGUCUUCUCGCUUGAGCCUUGUCCAUGCAGAGACAUCCAGUAUAUUUCUGUCGGCCAAUUUCCAGUGACUAAUGCUCCGGGAAAUAUGGCCCUCUUCGAUGCGAUCAAUCAGACCUUUCAACACUCGAGUUUUGGCGCUGUCGUCCGAGAUGGAAAUUUCCGAAGCCACGUGCCUGGCCCCAGCAGUGACAUUAAUCGAACUCGAGAAGUUAUUGGCAAUGGGAAAGGCAUAGACAGAUGGCCGAUGUUCUACAUUCGAGUUGACGUGAUGUCCGAGAAUCUCCAGGCAUUGAUGAAUUUGGACGAGGCACCGGCAGAGAUUUGCCCUACUAUUAGCCGUCUAGUCACGGCUUUGGAAGUGCUGGUGUCUUCCUUCUUGGAGUCACACGGAUUCGAGCGUUAUUCAACAAGGUUCAGAUCAGGAACGAGUCAAACUUCCGCGGUUCGUACGGGCCGGUUCCGCGGGCAAGAGCCUUUACUGCGGUCAGCAUCUCAGCGAACCCAAAUAGCUAGCCAGGCCCAUCAAUUGAAUAAUUGGCAUCGUGUGAAGAGCGGACGACACUCGAGUGACAAACCCCUGAAUUGUGGGCCUGAUAUGUUCAAGGGCACCACCAAACCACAAACCCCAACAAGCUCCAAUGGAGAGGUCCAACUGUCUGUCGAUGGUGUUGGAGAAGAUCCAGCAGAUCUUGAGAAACUCGAUUGCACAGGAACUGAAAAUCCUAACGAAGCCAGUGCCCGGCUUUGGACAAACCCGCGUAAUGGUCGGAUUGUUCCCCUCCAUCCACGUACGGGAGCAGUCAUGCCCUCCAGGAGCGGUAAAAUCGGUCCGCCUGACAAGCCUUCUCCGAGUGAUACGUGCUCUGAUCAUAGUGGCCACGUAGGAGGUCGGUCGAAACCUGCACAAGCGGGAGGCGGUGUCAGCGCAGCUGUUCAGCUCCCACCUCAGCUGUCCAAGUAUAGCACGACGCGGUCUUUUCGACGGACAGAGCCACCGAUCCGAGCUUUCGCGUGGACACAGCAAUCAAUGACGGCAAAUGGCAAGCAUGGGGAGUCUGAGGAAUGUGUGCUUUCCAAUGCCAGCAACGGACAAGUCACUAAAGAUUCCCUUGCCUGCUCCACCAUCAUCCGGCAGGUGGACCGAAAGUUCGUCCUUGCCAUCCUGCCCGCAACAGGGGACAGAUCGAAUACGUCACACGGAAAGGAGCUCGUUGUGCUUGUUGAUCAGCACGCGGCCGAUGAGCGCAUCAGACUCGAGGACCUAUACCGGGAACUUUGUCACCGCAAACGUUGCAACCUCGAUAAACCAGUGGUCUUCGAGGUUGGUGAUGAUGAGGCAAAGCUGUUUGAGGAACGACGGGAGUACUUUGAGAGGUGGUGUUUCACCUACGUAGUGGUCCGGAACCACCGGUCUAUACAGCCAGCAGCGAAGCUCAACAAGGGUCCGAGUUGCAUGAUCAGUGUCACCACAUUACCUACGCUAGUCGCGGCACGUUGCCAGGCUGAGCCACACGUCCUAGUCGACCUUCUGCGGGAUGAGGUAUGGUCGAAACAAGCCUCAAGUUCUCGCUCGCUCUGGAGAGAUGUGAGAAAUGAAGCAGCCCACGGUGGCUGCCAAUGGGUGGCGGAGAUUGCCGGGUGUCCAACGGGUGUGCUCGAGAUGCUAAAGUCUCGAUCGUGUCGUACGGCAAUCAUGUUCAACGACGAUUUAGAUUUGGCCGAAUGCGGCCAACUCGUCCACCGGCUGGCGCGUUGUGCAUUUCCCUUUCAAUGCGCGCACGGACGGCCCACUGUCACUGUCCUCGGGGCUCUGGGUGGUCUUGACGACGAUCCUGGGUCGGGUCUUGGGGGAAUGGAGCCCUGGUGUGGUGACGAGGUUGGGUUUGGAGCCGGCUGGAAGACUUGGACGGCGGGUGGAUGA